ACAGCAAUACGGUAGAAAGAUACUGCUACUAUCCCAGUUGGUUACGAGAGACCACCCCUCCUCAUCGAUGGCUACUUCUCGAGACUCCGGACCCUCUCCUGCCAGAUUGGUACAGAUCACUGUUCAAGAGGGCUAUGAUUUGAAAGGUGUAAAAGGGGAUUCUCCAGUUACCUUUGUGCGAGCAGAGUAUAAUAAUGUGAUCCUGGGAGACUCAGCAAAAAUCACUGUUUCUCCAGAAGGAGUAGCAAAAUAUAACUUCACCAGCAGCUUUGAGUACAACCUGGAAGGACCAAACUCUUUAGAUGACAUUGCCCAUAAACCUGUAUUCUUGACUGUGACUGAAGUCCUACCAAAGGAAAAGAAGCAGAAGGAUGAAAAGACCGUGGUUCUUGGUCAGGCUGUUGUGGACCUUCUGCCUUUGUUGCAGGGAGAGAACGCAUUUGAGGUAAUGGUUCCAUUGCAUCCUAUGGUUGGUACUUCAUUAGAGAAUUUUCGACCAGGUGCUAAGGUAACGGUGUGUGUUCCAGAGGCACUGCUCUCCGCAUCCCAGCUCUUAGGUAGUAACCUGGUGAAGGUGACCCUGGAGGCUGCUUAUUCUGUUCCCGAAGCUUUCAGCCCUACAGGACCCCCGCAAAAUUAUAUGGUUGGCUUUCAAGUUCCGUCCGUUGGCGAGAAAGAGUGUCCGCUGUUGUUCAAGAAUGGCACCCUGAAGCUGGGCGGUGAAAAAGAACCCACACCCCGACCCAAAAAAUGGCCCAUUCCCAACAUCUUGUCACCGGGAGCUCAGAACAUCCCAGAUUCUUUCAUUACUGGAGGUUCCUAUGAGGAGGAAAACGGAGAACUCAACCACCCAGAGGAUAAGGAGUUCCGAAUCCAGGCGGAAACCAUAAAGAAGAGGAUCAUUUGGGAUUUGGAAAGGCGCUGCUAUCUUGACCCUCCGGCAGUAGUCAGUUUGCAGAAACGAAUCGCAGAGUGCCACUUUUGGCCUGUGGAGAUCUCAAGAGUUCCUGUAGUUGCUGCCACCAAAGGAAAAGCUGGCAAAGCUGAUAAGGGAGACGAGGAAGGACAGAUUAGCUUCCAUGGUGUGGCUUAUGUUAACAUGGUGCCUUUGCUGUAUCCUGGCGUGAAGAGGAUUCGAGGAGCUUUCCGUGUUUAUGCCUACCAAGAGAGUGAGGUGUAUGAAAAGACAAAGUGGCUGUUCAGUGCUUUCCGCGAUGCGGGGCACCAGGCCAAUCUGAACAGCAGGUUGGGAGCCAUGGGUGGAAAUUCCUUGCAAAGUAAAUCAAUUCUUACAAAGAACCAAAAGGAGGAAAGAGGAAUCAAAGAAAGAGACAACGUAAGGAAGCAGAAUUCUACCAUCAAAUCUCAGAGUUCAGACACCCCACUGGAAGCCGAACCCCUUGUGAUCCAGAAUCAGGAAGGGCAGCAAUAUGUAGAAGCAGGGACAUUCCUCGUGUUGGAGAUAGAACUGGAUAAAGCCUUGGUACCCAAACGAAUGCCGGAGGAGCUCGCCAGCCGAGUUAAGGAAAUGAUUCCUCCGCGGCCUCCGUUAACUCGCAGGACGGGAGGUGCUCAGAAGGCUGUGAGUGACUAUCACCUUCAGAUCACCAACAUUGCCAGGGCUAUCUUAGAUGAGUAUUAUAAGCUCUUUGGGAAUGAUAUGGCUACAGGAAUUGGGGUGGAUAGCCAAAGUCUGGAAGAGCAGAAGUGCCAGCUGAACUAUGAACUCAACAGCUCUGGAAAAUAUUUUGCUUUCAAAGAACAACUCAAGCAUGCUGUGGUGAAGAUUGUGAGAGAAAAAUAUCUGAAGACAACUGCAUUUGACAGCCAAGAACAGUUACAAGCAUUUCUCAGUGAGCUGUAUGUGUUUCUGAUAGAGCAGAUGCAUGUAAUCUUAAAUCAGAUUAUGCCGCAAGACAGUCCUGGGCCUGUCCUAGCCACUUUCACAAGCUCUGAACAGCUCCGACUCUUCGCAUACGAAGCGGAGGUCAAUGAGGACUUUGCUCUGGCAGCCACCUACUAUCAAGAGAGACUGUCUCGGGACCGCCCCAACUUGGACCACUGGCUGGACUACGGGGCGUUCUGCCUCCUGGUCGAUGAGCCCGUCAAAGCCCAGGAGUGUUUCCGUGAGGCCGUCUCCCUGAAUCAUACCCACGUGCAGAGUAUAUUGCUCUGUGGAGUUUUGGCCGUCAUGUUGGAGCAUUAUGAAGAAGCGGAGGUGUUUUUUGAAGACGCUACGUGCUUGGAACCAACCAGCGUUGUGGCCUGGACCCUGUUAGGUUUGUUCUAUGAAAUUCAGGAAAAUGACAUUCGAAUGGAAAUGGCAUUUCAGGAAGCGAACAAACAGCUCCAGAAUCGUUCCGUCAAAGAGACUUUGGAAAGGGAAGGAAAAAGGGAACUACCUUUUGUAAACGAUUCAGGUGUGAAGCUUGUGAAUUCACCGUCCAGCGUGGCUACCCAGAGAGACUCCAUAGUCUCAGGAGCAAGAAUUUCUUCAGCUCUUCUGACCCCCGUGCCUUUUUCGGGCCUCUCACAACCCCCCCACACCAUCUUCAUGGAGACGAUACGCUUUUUGAUGCAUGCCAACGCCGUGCAGUUUGUGCACAGAGUCCUGGCACAUGAGUUGCUGUGCCCUCAGGGAGGUCCUAGCUGUGAAUACUACCUGGUGCUGGCCCAAACACACCUGCUCAAGAAAGACUUCACCAAAGCAGAGCCGUGUCUUGACGCAGCUGUUCAACUGGACUAUCUGAACCCAAACGUCUGGGGGGUGAAAGGGCAUCUACAUUACCUGAGUGGAAAUCACAACGAGGCCAAAGCCUGCUAUGAGAGAACGGUCAGUUUUGUGUCGGAUGCUGCUGAAAUGCACUUCAUCUUCUUGCGAUUGGGAUCUAUCUACCUGGAAGAAGGCGAGUACGAGAAGGCGAAGAACAUCUACCUGCUCUCCUGUAAGAAAUCCCCUUCGUGUCUCACCUGGCUAGGAGUGGGAAUCGCCUGCUAUCGGUUGGAAGAGCUGCUGGAGGCAGAAGAUGCCCUCUCCGAGGCCAACGCUUUAAAUAACAACAAUGCCGAAGUGUGGGCGUAUCUAGCUCUGGUCUGUAUGAAAAGUGGAAGGCAGCUGGAAGCUGAGCAGUCCUACAAGUAUGCAGUGAAGUUGAAACUGAACAAUGAGGCCUUGCUCAAGGAGCUCCGUGAAGUGCGAGAGAUGGUCGGCUUCGGGGAUCCAUCGUUUUGAGGCCAAAAUGUGGCCAGUUUGGGCCGGGGCCGGCGAGAAGACAGCGCAGCCUUGGCCCUCUCCCUGCCAAAGACCAGGGGUGGCCGAAGCCUAUGUACUGGACCGGGCCUGUGGUUGUCCAGGGAACACGGAAGGAUGCCCUCAUUUGGCCCGGGAGCCACACGUUUUACUUUCUCCUAUUUUCUGCAAACGUAACCAAUAUAAUAGACCGAGAA